AUGAUGCUGCCUAUUUAUUCCCCACGACUCUACCUCAUCUCUUCUCCUUUGCUUCUCACCUCUCUCUCCUCCCCUCUCUCUCUCUCUCUUCUUUGGGAUCUUUGAUUUGAGGGGAAAUUCUUGGACAUGGACGACGACGGCGACUGGAUCACGGCGAGAUAUCUCCUCUCGUCACUCCUCGGGAGGAACCCCCUUGUCGUCGACUACGUCGAUGAGGAGUCCUUCCCCGUCGAGGAGCCUCCCCCGGCGGCCGCCGGAGAAGGAAGGCAGGCUCAGGCGGUGCCGCAGCCGCCGGUGGUCCGCGCGACGGCGGGCGUGGCCGGGACGGUGUGCUCGGUGUGCACGGAGGAGAUCGCGGUGGAGGACGCCGUGGUGAGGCUCCCCUGCGCGCACUGGUAUCACGCCGGCUGCAUCUCGCCGUGGCUUGGGAUCCGGGGCACCUGCCCCAUGUGCCGCGCCGAGCUGCCGGCCAACGACGACUGCGCCGAGGAGGAAGGCGGGAGUGCCGGGCGGGAGAAGCCGCGCGCGGCCCGUGCCGGGACCAGCGUCGCCGGCGGCGUCAGGCGUGACGCGUCGUCGUACGAGCUGAUCGCCGGCGGCGGCGGCGGCGUGCUGUCUGGCUGAGUCGCUGCGCGUUCGUGCCCGGGAGAGAACGCGCGUGGACCGGGUUGUUCUGUUCGCCCAUCGCUUUUUCUUUCUGUGUACAUAAAGAAAUUGAUUAUUGAGAGGAACAAAACCUUAAUUUUAAUCCAAAAAUUAAACGUUUGCUUAGUUCAGUAGUACUACUGCUACUUAGCAUGGCGUUGGUGAGUCGGUGUUGCGAAAUUGCGACGAAAAGAAAACCGGUGGUUUUUUUUAUUUAAUACCAAGAAAAGCGGUGGUGAGUGUGCGCGUAGAACACGAUCCAAAAAACAAGCAAGCGUCGAGAUGAUCAAGUGGGAACCAGAUUCCUUCCUAACCAUUGUGUCGGCACCAAAAUGUUCUAAUGAUCUCUACCCUGAUACUAGAGUUUAUUACGUAUACCGGUUUAUUCAUAUUUUUAUCAAUAACACCGUUGACUUUUAAAAUCACG